CUGUGUUCACUUCUAAAUUUGUGCGUUCAGUCUGCUGUGUAUAUAAAGAUUGUCAUGAUGUCCGAGAAGUUAAGAGACCUUACCGCUGCCAGCACCUUUACAGGUAUUGGCCUUUUGAAAGACCAACAGAAAUUCUGUGACUUGAAAGUUACUGUAAAGGGGGAAUUCUUCUCGUGUCAUCGUGUAGUUCUUGCGUCAGUGUCGAAAUUCUUUGACACCAGACUAUCGUCCACUAUCCGUAAAAGCAAUCUUCAACAUGUGCAAAUUGAUCACGACGACGUGUCUCCUGCAAUUUUUGGAUCUUUGCUAGAAAUUUUAUACAAAGGCAAAGAUUUAAUUACCUUGGAUUCGGUCCAAGACUUUCUAAAAAUGUCUUUGUACCUUGAGAUAGACUACUUGACAAGGUAUUGCGAGGAGUUUAUACUGAAUGUUGACCCUAAAGAUAGCUUAGGUCUUUGGAGAUUUGCUCAAAGUUACAAACUCGUAAAUUUAAGUGAAAAGUGCUCUAGGAGAGCUGCGGAGAACAUUGACACUUUGCCACAAGGCGAGUUGCUGUCCCUCCCAAAGUCUAUGAUGCUCAUUCUUCUGUCGCUUCAAAAGAAACUCAGUAUGGACGACGUCUGCAAGACCAUUCUACGCUGGGUGGAGUUUGAUCAGGACACAAGAUCUGGCUUCCUCACUCAGUUUCUUCCCUUUAUACCUUUUCCACACCUUAGUAGGCCCUACCUCGCUGAGUUGAUGGAAUACCAGAACCAUCCGUUUAGCGAACACGUGAAAGAAAGUGUCGUCUUUGCCUUGAUAAACAACGACGACAGACAUGUCCAUACAUGUCGAAAGAUUUUGUGUCAGCAGUCCGUUAUUGUGGAUAGCACAGACAUUGUUCCAGUGUCUGUGGUUGUCAAGGCAACAGAAUUACCACUUGAACAAGGUCAUACGUUGGAAGCAUGGCGUAAUGUCGAGGAGCGGUAUCUUUUAGCACCUGUACCUGCAAACACAGGAUGCCACUUUUCUACCUGUACCUGGCGAAACGACCUUUAUCUUCUCGGCGGCACUUUGCUGCCGACGUACUUUGCCGUCUAUAAACCCUGCGACAAUCAGUGGACUCCCUUACCUCCUUUUUUGCUCGGACUUGGUCGAGGAAAACAUGCUAUGGCCGCCGUCAACAACAAAAUUUAUAUCCUCGGGGGUCUGAUAAAAGUACCGGAGGAUAACAAAGCGACCUCAUCAGGCGUUUGGAGCUAUGACAUAAUGUCCAAGACCUGGAACCAUGUCUGUUAUUUGCCCAAAUCUGUUCAAGAAUCGUCAACCGCCGUUCUUGGACACAGAAUAUAUCUUUUUGGUGGGCAGGAUGAUAUGGAAGUAAACUCUGACCUCGUGCAGUGUGUCGACACAAUGAAUAAUGUAGCGUAUGUAGCUGGCAAACUUCCAUCUGGAGCGUGUCGACCACGUGCCUGUAGCAAUAACGGCGUCAUCUGGGUCGUGCUGCCGACUGGCCAGGUGCUGCAGAUGUGGGAGAACUUCCAUCUGGCUGAUCAAAGGGAACAGCACUUAGCCGUCGAAAAGAAUAGAAACAGAGAAGUUGAGCCUUACAGAGACCAGUUCACCGUUUCGUUCAGACAACUAUCACAAAUCUCCGCAGGAGAUCACAUAGCUGCUUGCUUAAACAUGAAUAGCAUCACAGUGAUUGCCGUCGACACCGCUGUACAUGGGUGCGUCAUCUGUGAUACCAGCAUCAUCAACCUUACAACUGGUGAAGCAGAAAAACAUUCCACGUGCCUGACUGGUGCACAGUACUUUGAUCUUCAUUACAUAAACAUACCUCAGGUGCACCUUAAGCAAAAGACAGGAAUACUUGAGGUUACAAACUUUUCCAGUCGGUCUUCAGACACACAUUCAGUCAGCUCAUUGAUAACGACUCCAUUGCCAGAGCAAAACCCAUUUUUAGUGAUUAAAAGCGGCAGCAAUGAGCAGCGGGAGACAACAAGCCGUCCUAAGUCACCUGCGCCAGGAGAAGCAAUAAGAGAAAUAGAAAAAAGGCUUUUCCUCCGAAAAAGGCCUCAUUCUGAAGCAGAACGAUCUUUCAAACAGAAGGAGCGGCGCCAAUAUCUCCAUUUGCUAAGCAAUUAUAUAUAAGCAAGUACUAUUUGUUAAAACUUAUGAAUACUAUUGCUUGUCAUCAGCUAGCUCAUAACGUAGAUUCAUUUGCUUUGCCUCUGUAUACACCGCCCUGGAAAAAUGCACCGCUGUAACCACAGUAGUUAGUUUGUAACCCUGUGAGUAAACGAAUGAAUACAUAAGGGAGGAAACCCCGGAAUGUUUAGGAAUUGUUCUUCUAUGGAUUACUUCCCCUUAAAAGCUAUAUCUAUAUAGUCAACCAGUCAAGUUAUUUUAUAUUUGAAAGUAGACGAAGAUUUUAUUGAUCAAGUGCCAUGUUGACAUGUUCCCGGUUGCUCAAUUCGACGUGGAUUAGCCCUCAAACAACAGAAAAUGAGAAGAAAACAGUAAGUAAUAUUUAAAUUCUAAUGUGUAUUAUAAUAAAAUAUGUUCUUUGUUGGUUGUUUAUGUUUGCAUUUAUUAUGUAAAAUCUUUUUAAUGCAUUUCUGCCUUUUGACCUACUGCCCAUUUCUAAAUUCUCUACUCCAUACAGUUACUAUUUUGGAUUUGAUUUUACGACAAGAAACCAGAUACUAUAAUUGUUAAAAUUAACAUCACGCAAAUGUUUUAAAAAUGUUUUUAAACAAUAUAUCUUAGAAAGUUGUCUUGAUUGUAGGUUAAUAGAUAUAAAUUUUUGAUAUAAGGGCAUAGUUGAUGUAAAUUAUCAGUUUUUUUGCUCUUCAUGGCCUUGUUACCUUUGUGUUUUUAUAUGCAUGAGAAUGAUGCGGCUCUUUGCCUAACUUUCCUUAGUAGACUGUUCACUGUGUUUGUUUUCUCGUUUAUGAAUUUGCAUUGAUUAUGGCGUCACCUAUUGUUCGGUUCUUCAUUUCACACUGUAAACAUCGAAUUUUUUUUAGAUUGUAUUGUAUUCCGUUUAUUUUGUCUUGGCCAUUUGGUAUGCUGUUUGGACACCGAUUUCUACAGCACAUUUAGUUUUUUUAUUAAUAGUUCAAAAUUCUUUCUUGUAUUUUCUAGCUCAUUCCUUUCACUUUUUUUAACCCUGUUUCUUCUUUCUUACCUUUCUCACUUUUCCCCCCUUGUAAUUUUGUAACCUUUUGUUUGAUGUAAUAGAUAAACUCUGAAAUUGGUGUUACUUGUUCAUAGCGUAGUCACAUGUAUGUGUGUGUGAUAAGAUGAAUGUACACUUACCUCGCACAAGCACGACCUAUUACACACAACACAACGCUCGAGUAGCCCCAUUCAGAUGAAGAUGAGGAUGAAGAGAUUUGAAAGUGAAUAGAGUCGAAGAAGCACAAAUUCAGAGAAAUGUCACUGAGACACAAAGAUGGCGGAGAAGACUGUUGUCUGUUCCCCGCUUACUCGGCUAUUCUUAGAGCAACUGCUUUUCUCUUAUAUGUGACGUCAUUUUCUGCUUCAUGACUCGCACAUGACGUCAGACACAAGACACCACUUGUACAAUAAACCAUACAACACAUCCCACAACUCAUUACAACAUCCUCCCUGAAAUAGCUUCUUUAACUAAUCAUGGAGGAGCAAGUAAAAUAAGCUUGGAAGUAUUUAAGUUUUGCAUUAGAACUUUUUUCAUACAUUGACACUUCUUCAGAGCAUAUAUAGGUGUAAACUUAUUUUAUUAAAUUUGUUUACAUAUGUUUUAGUAUCUGUCAUCUGUGUAAGUUAAUGUGUACAUUUAAGCUUAGUCUUUGUUUUAGCAAUUAAACAACAUUUCACAAAACAA